AUGGCCCAGACUGAAUCCUGCGUCGUGUCUGGCGCGAACAUCCACCUGGACGGCGUGUCGCCCCCACGACUGGACUUGGAAGCCGACAGCAUCUUCGACAUUAGCCCGCUGGUGGCACUGCAGCUGCUAUGCGCCAGCGUCGAGGCGCUCGUGCGCAUUACCGGCGACGUGCCCCCGUCCCCGCCGACAUCAGGGAUAUCUACCGAGACCAACAUGCGCGAAAUGGACGCUGAGAAGGCGUCUAUUGUGCGCACGCUCAGCGCCAACAGCCUCGCUCAACUGCGGGCGCAGGCCGAGAAGCUGGACAAGUCGGCCGGUGUGCAAGUCCACGAGAGAAGUCUCGACAUGUCCACGCCGUCUGCUCGGUUGAGAAUGCCACCGACACCACCGCCCGUGCGACCGAUCGUCAUGGAGAUCGACGGCGUGCAUCUGAAGCAGUCAUCCCCCAGCGGGCCGCCAGAACGGGAGCCGACACCCCUGUCGCCUAAGAGCAUGAGCACGUCCCCGUCCGCGGCAGCAGCAGCGGCUUUCACGCCCGUGCCCUAUAUUAUCAUUGGUGCCGACUCGCAGCCGUUAAAUGUGCAGCACUCAGCCAUCUCGCGCAAGUUUUACAGCAAGGCGGUGCCGCCAUUUAGCAUAUCACAGUACCUGAAACGCCUACACCGCUACUGUCCCAUGAGCACGGCCGUAUACCUGGCCACGAGCCUGUACAUAUACCGGCUCGCGGUUAUCGACAAGGUGAUUGCCGUGACGCGGCGCAACUCGCACCGGCUGCUGCUGGCCGGCCUGCGCGUGGCCAUGAAAGCGCUCGAGGACAGGAACCAUUCGCACUCCAAGAUGUCCAAGGUUGGCGGUGUCAGCGAAGCCGAGCUGGCACGGCUAGAGAUACACUUCUGCUUCCUCGUUGGCUUCGACGUCAUCGUGCAGGCCGACCAGAUCCAGCAGCACUGGCUGCUGAUGAAGAGGGGAUCAGCUCUGGGCCCGCUCGACCUGGACGAGACAGUGACCAUGACGGUCAUGGCGUCAUAG